AUGUCUUCUAAUAAGCAAGAGUUACAAGAAGUAUUAGAAAGUUGUAUUAUUGAGAAAAUAAUACGUGAAUUAAAUGAAGACGAUUCCACAGAUUCAGAUGCAGAUGAUGAUGACGAAAUUUUUAUUCUUGACUUACUAGCUUUAAAUGAGAAUAAUAAGCAAUUAUCAAUAAAUAUAAAGAAAAUUUAA